GAGACUAUCGGAGUCAUAAAUGCCGGGAGCGAGCGAGGGAGGGGGAGAGAAAUCAACCGCCUGGAAGAAACGUCCACUCCCUUUCUCCCAUAAAUAAGGCUCCCCUGGCCCUUUCGUUCCCUUUGAUUUCUGCCCCUUUCUCUUUCCCUUUCUCUCUCUGACCAAAGAAAGAAGGGAAGGUGAAGAAAGAGAACAAAAGGAAAAAAACAGGAAGGAAGAGGAAGCUGAGAAUUCUUUUUUGCCUUGUAUUUUUCAGCCAUGAAUCCCGAAUAUGAUUAUCUUUUCAAGCUUUUGCUUAUUGGAGAUUCCGGUGUGGGAAAGUCAUGCCUUUUGUUAAGAUUUGCGGAUGAUACCUAUCUGGAGAGUUACAUCAGUACCAUCGGUGUUGAUUUUAAAAUCCGCACUAUUGAGCAGGAUGGGAAGACAAUUAAACUUCAGAUUUGGGAUACAGCUGGACAAGAGAGGUUCCGGACAAUUACAAGUAGUUAUUACCGUGGUGCUCAUGGCAUCAUUAUUGUAUACGAUGUUACAGACCAGGAAAGCUUCAACAAUGUGAAGCAGUGGCUGAACGAGAUUGACCGCUAUGCUAGUGAUAAUGUGAAUAAGCUCUUGGUUGGAAAUAAGUGUGACAUGACUGCUAAGAAGGUGGUUUCCUAUGAAACAGCCAAGGCAUUUGCUGAUGAGAUUGGGAUCCCUUUUUUGGAGACAAGUGCAAAAGAUGCUACUAAUGUUGAGCAAGCAUUCUUGACUAUGGCAGCCGAGAUAAAAAACAGAAUGGCCAGCCAGCCAGCUGCGAAUGCAGGCAAACCAGCGACCAUCCAAAUGCGAGGCCAGCCUGUUGUUCAGAAGAGCGGGUGUUGCUCUUAAAUGGAAUUGGGUGCUUGAAUGUGGCUUCAAAGUGCAGACGGAUGCCCUUGUUCCCAUGAUUCAAUUUGUCGUGGGAGCUGGAAGGCCUUUGAGGACUUCCAUUGAUGGUAGCCACAUACUUGUAUGGCUUAGCCUGUGACACAUUUUUGUGGUCUGUAAUUCAGCAUACCUUCUUGCGUCGGAUUUGAAAACUUUACCGAUCAACACAAGAAAUGAUUUAACUGCAGUUAGACUGCAUUUUCCUGUCA